GCUGUAUAAUUCCAUUGGUGAAGGUGGCCAUCGAUCAAUCCGAAUGGGCGGAAUUUCCUGUCUGUUGUCGAGUGGUCGCGCGUGUGUGGAGUGAGCGGGUGGACCGACAGUCUUUGCUCGACAGGAGCGCUAUGCUGGAAGAUUCACAGGCCCAAGAGCUGUUGGGCUUCCUGACGUUGGACACGCGGCCGGACGUGAAGAGCCAGGCCACCAAGUACGUGCUGGGCCUGACGGGGAGUGCGGAUGGCCGGCGGUUCUUGGCGAGCAACGCUGAGGUACUGAGGGCCCUGCUGACCCUGCGGCGGGACGCCUGCCCGGCCGUGGCCAAGGACUGCCACUGCGCCCUGGUCAACCUGUCUGCGGACGAGAGCGUCCACGGGCCCCUGCUGCGUCAGGCCGACCUCCUGCCCUCCCUGCUGGGCAGCCUCUGCGACCCCCACCACGACUUCGCGGACCAGGUCUGCUCCAUCCUGUCCAACCUGUCGCGGAGGGAGGACACCGGAAGGGAAGUGCUCCGCGCCAUCCAGGGCGAAGGGGUGGGCCUGGCCAAGAUCGUGGAGAUCUUCUGCACGGACAGCUACAACAAGAAAGGGACACUUCACUACCUCGGGCCUCUGCUCUCCAACCUGACCCAACUCCCGGAAGCCAGGCAGUUCAUACUGGAUAAGGACAGGUGCGUUGUGCAGCGAUUGCUCCCCUACACUCAGUAUGGGGGGUCCGGUGUGCGACGAGGCGGUGUGGUGGGCACGCUACGAAACUGCUGCUUCGACUACGCCCAUCAUGAGUGGUUGCUUGGCAGUGACGUCGACAUCCUUCCCUUCUUGCUGCUGCCUCUGGCCGGCCCCGAGGAGCUGAGCGAAGAUGAAACGGAAGGGCUGCCGGUGGACCUACAGUAUCUGCCUGAGGACAAGCGGCGUGAGGAGGACCCAGAUAUCCGCAGGAUGCUGCUUGAGGCCAUUAACCUGCUUGUGGCGACGAAGAACGGGCGUAAGGUGGUGAGGGACAGAAACACCUACGUGAUCCUACGGGAACUACACAAGUGGGAGAAGGAGCCGGACGUUGUGGCUGCUUGCGAGAAGUUGAUUGAGGUGCUGAUCUCUGACGAGCCCGAGGCUGGGAUGGAGAACCUGCAGGAGGUGAAGAUCCCCGAGGACGUGGAGAGGACGUUGAGGCGGCAGGACGAGGAGGAGCAGAGGCGCCUCGAGGGCGAGCUUCUUAAGACUGGAGAGGGUGCACCGGGAGAAACGCCAGAGGCGCUGGAGAGAUGACGGUAUGCCUGCGCGGAGACCACAAAGCCUGCCAUAACUUAUUUUAUGUUCAGAGCGGCAGGCUGGUGGAGGACCUUGGUUUUGUGGAUGUUGGGAGGUGGCAGUAAUCACCCCUGUGUCACAAGCCCCCAUCGCUGAAGUUCAGAUCCUGCCUAAUGUCCCUUGAGCAAGCGGAGAUCUCCUCGUUUUCCCAAGCUUUGCUGACUGAUAUAAAUAAAAUCACUUCCAAGCUCUCCUGCCUUCUGUGCUCCU